CUUUACAUACUUCUAUGAUAACAUCCUUAGUAGUUUUCAUAAUUUGUUAGUUAUAUACGUGCUUAUAAAUAGUUUGAUACAAAAAAUCAAUAUUUAAAAAAAUUCGAAACUCAAUGUAAACAGAAACGAAAAUAAAAAUGACUUCGAUGGAGAAAAGACUACAUAAAGAACUACAACUGCUAACCAAGGAACCUCCAAAAGGUGUAAAAGUUGAUGCAGAUAGUGUGCAUAAAAAUAUAACAGAAUGGAUUGUAGAUCUAGAAGGGGCAGAAGAGUCAUUGUACAAAGAUGAAAAAUUUCAGCUUAUGUUUAAAUUUAGUCAAAGAUACCCAUUUGAUUCUCCUCAGGUGAUGUUUAUAGGCAAUAACAUUCCACUACACCCUCAUGUAUAUAGCAACGGUCAUAUUUGUCUUUCAAUUCUCACUGAUGAUUGGUCGCCAGCCCUCUCAGUAACCUCAGUAUGUCUUAGUAUAGUCAGUAUGCUGUCUAGCUGUACAGAAAAGAAAAGACCACCAGAUAAUGCAAUAUAUGUUAGAACUUGUAGUAAAAACCCUAAAAAAACAAGAUGGUAUUAUCAUGAUGAUGAUGUAUGAAGUGCAUUUAGCUACUCUCUGUGAUUUAUCCACCAUCAUAUUACUGUAUAACCAACUGUUUUUUUACACUACACUUUCUAUAAAUAGAUUUUUACACAUUACACAUUCUAUAAAUAGAAUUUUUCACAUAACACAUUCUAUAAAUAGAUAUGUUCACAUUUUUGCUAUAAAUAGCAUUUAUAAACAACAAUAAUAAUGUUAAUUAGGUAGUAUUUUCACUCUUUAAAAGUGUCAAAAGUAUUGUUCACACUUGAGACUUCAUGUUUUGGGCCAAAUAUUGUUAAGUUUACAUACUUUAAUGUAUUUAUGUAAGAAUACAUGUCACAUAAUUUUUUUUACACAAUUUUCAUAUACAUGUAUAUGUUGACAAUGCAAGUUUACACAGCUGUAAGUGUUAUCCAUUUUCAUAUAAUUAUAUUGAUGUAUAUCGAUGAACAUGGCUUGUUGAAUAGGUAGAUAUUUGAUAGUAAUAUUGAUACAGUUAUAGUUUAGAAUCAUGUAUAUUACUUGAAAUGGUUUAUUACACAACAAAUCGCUUGACACAGACUUGACAUAAGGCACAUGUACACGAGGCUGACAUAUACAUAUACAUGUACUUGAAUUCAAUUACUGAAUCUUUGUACAUGUGUAUAAAUAUUAAUUUUGACUGAUUAGCAGUUUUAAAAUUAUAUACAUAAUUGUGUAAUUUUAAAUAGAAGCAUAAAAAUCUAUGUUAUAUAAUGAUGAAAUUGUUGUAGUUUUUAUUGAUGAAAAAAAUGUUUUGAUAUUUUAUAUGAUUAUUUUAUAUUUUAGACCAAAAUGACUGUUAAAGCAGCUUUUUUAUCUAUUAUUAUAUAUGUGGACCAAAAUUUCUAGAAACUUUUAUGGUUUAAUAUAUUGUUGAGCAUUUUAUACGUAUUAGCUGUUAUUUAUACAAAAAAAGUUGGUUUUGAGUGGAUGUAAAAAUUUACAGGUAUUGAUUAUAUUUAAUGAUUUAUUAUUAAUUUUCCACAGGUUAUCUUUUUUCCCAGAUUUAAACUCCCCUCCCCAUUCUCAAACAAACUAUAUGUACUAAUUAGUUUCAUGCCUGAAAUAAUGCAUGGUACGUCUUCCUCCACCAGUAAAGCUGGAAUGUCGCCAUAUAACCUAUACUGUGUCAGUGUGACGUAAAACCCAAACAAACAAACUUAAUUCAACAAUGUAUAAAACAGGUCUAGUAGGAAUGUUUCAUAUAGCAAGCAUUGACAAACUUUAUAGCAUUUCUGGGACAAGUUUAAUGUAUGUCAAUAUAUGAAAUGGCUACAUUUGUAAUGUUUAUUUUAUCAUAUGAUAGAAUCAAGCUAAAAACCUUAUUUAAUAUAUUCUAGUACAGUGCUGAAUUCUGUCGGAUGGAUAAACAGCUGUAAAUCUAUAUUUGACAAGUUGUUAGCAGGGUCUAAUAUAGGUUUUGCAGCUCUAUGUGCAUCCAAUAGAUUCAAUAUUGUCUUCAGCAAUAUAGAAAAAAAAACUGUUUAUUUCAGACCACUAUUUCUUGACAAUUUGAUAGACUCAUAUUACAUGUAUUAUAGUAUAUUAUCUGAAAAUGAAAACAGCACUAAACGGUGUACAAUAUUGAUCAAUUUUUUGGACUCUAUAAAUAAAAGCGAGUCAAAAUUAAUGAGAGAAUCCAAUAAAGAUUUGUACCAGGGGAUCACAUGGUGCAAGCGCCAGAAUUUCAUUGGUUGGUGUAUGAUAAAAAUAGAUACAUUAAUUUUAAGUAAUGCCCUGCGCUUAAAAAGAUUAUAAUGAAUAAUGCUAUAUUAGCAAAGUUUAUUAUAUAGUUGAUCGAAAUACUAUAAUAGCAAAGUUUGUUAUAGAGUCGAAAUGCUAUAAUAGCAAAGUUUGUUAUAGAGAUUAAAUGCUAUACUAGCAAAGUUUG